AUGGAUCCCACAAGUCUUCAAACACAAAUCAACUCCCUCAUCACAUUCGUCUCCUCCCACUGCUCUUCAGGAAAAGGCCUAGGCACCACCUCCUCCGCCAUCUACGACACCGCCUGGCUUUCCAUGAUCCAAAAGCCCUCCGACAACUCCAGAUCAUUCCUCUUCCCCCAAUGCUUCACCUACGUCCUCCAACACCAGCUCCCUUCGGGUGGAUGGUCCUACGCCACGCCCAUUGAUGCCAUCCUCAACACAGCCGCCGCCCUCCUGGCUCUCAAGCGCCACUCGCUUUUCUCUUCUUCUCACCGACCCACGCAGCAAGAACCCGACUGGCCCCUCCCCUCCCGUAUUGCCCAUGCUUCCACCGCUCUCAAAGAAAUGCUCAACAAAUGGGACGUCGCAUCAACAGACCAAGUCGGUUUUGAACUCCUCGUCACUCGUCUCCUCUUAUUGUUGGAAGAGGCCGGCGUGCAAGGACUGUCUGACUUCCCCGGCUCUGCGGCCCUCCGAGCCUUGCAUGAUGCCAAACUAGCCAAACUCCCAGCCAAUUACGUCUACCAAGCCCGUUCAACGCUUUAUCACUCCCUUGAGGCGCUGACGGGAUACAUCGACUUUACGGAAGUCGGGCAUCUGAAAGAGGAAAAUGGGAGUAUGCUUGCUUCGCCUGCGUCGACGGCUGCUUACCUUAUGGGCUUGGUGGAGAAGGGCAUGUGGGAUGCGCAAUCGGAGGAGUACCUGAGAGGGGUGGUGGAACGGGAGAGGUUUGGUGGUGAGGCGGAGGGGGAAGAGAAGGGCGAUGGGGGCGUGCCAUGUGCGUGGCCUACGGAGACUUUUGAGGUUACGUGGGUUGUUACUACGUUGGCGGAGGCGGGGGUUAGGUUUGACGAGGGUGGGGGAGCGGCGAUUAGAGAAUAUUUGGAGGAGGGGUGGGUGAAGCAGGGAGGGUUAUUUAGUUUUUUUCCCGGCGGACUUGUCGACGCGGAUGAUACGGCAAGAGCCAUCAUGGCUUUGAGACAUCUUGGUAAUACCGAGGUUGGCGUCGAGUCGCUGAUCAGGGCCUUUGAAGCAAAGGACCACUUCAGGACGUAUGAAGGAGAAAGGAAUCCGAGUAUCAGCGCUAACUGCAACGUUCUGACGUGUCUAUUGAUGAUGGAUGAUCCCACGAUCUAUGCUCAGCAGAUUGUCAAGACGGCCAAGUUCCUCUGUGAGCAGGUACACACUGAUAGUGUGAGGGAGAAAUGGCAUAUUAACGAACUCUACUGGAUGAUGCUCCUCUCCCAGUCUUUCGCCACUCUCUUCGACACAAUGGCGAGAAACCCCUCCCUCGAAGCAUCCAUCUUCCAACUCGCUCUAGAACUCCAGGAGCAAAUCCCGAUGGCCUCCCUUCAUGUCCUCGCCAAAGUCCUCGGCGCACAGGGCAUUGAUGGGUCAUGGGCAAACGGCAUCGUCGAACUCACAGCCUACGGCGUUCUCACCCUUUCCUGGCUCUCCCAUCUCCCCUGGAUCCAACAACUCGGCCGCAUGCAUGGAGUCAACUUCAUUACCGCUAGCAUCGAAAACGGCAAGGCCUUUUUGGAAGCUCACAAGCAAGACUGGAAGAAGGGCCAAUACCUCUGGAUCGAAAAGGUCACCUAUGCGUCGCUGGUAUUGUGCGAAACGUACUGUCUAGCCGCGGCCGUCGUGCCUGUCCCAGACUUCAGUGGUUCCAUCGUGGGCACCAAUGGCCAACUGCUGCAGAAGACCAAUGAUUCCCUCUUCGUCUCCGAGGGCUUGCUCAAGGGUGUGUUAAAAGCAGGCCAGCUCAUCUCCCUCACACCCCUGUUCAGGAAUCUGGCACCACAGCUGUUGAGAGUCGCAGAGAUGCAGGCAUGCUAUGCCCUUGGGUUUUUGCAGCGGAAGAGGGAAGAGCUGGGAAUUUUCCCUGCAAGAGAAGGGGCGGAUGAGAAGUACUUGACUUUUAUCCCGCUUACAUGGACGGCAAGCAAUGCUUUGCGGGUGCAAGCCACUGGCAGUCAUGGUCACAGCCACAGCGGAGGUCUAAGCAAUUACAUCCUGCAAGAGAUGAUGAUUUUAUCUUUGCUCAAUUACCAAGUCGACGAAUACAUGGAGACAGCCGUUGAGCGGGACUUUUUGGGUUUCUACAGCGGAAGCAGGGGCAGUCUCGAAGCCGUCAGGGAAGUGAUUGGGCAGGUGUUUAAGGAGUUUGAUCAUCCUAAUGGUACUAGUACUAGUAGGAGGAGGAGUAUCUGGGGAGAGGCAGAUCAUACGCCUACGAACCUGAAGAUCAUCCGGGCUACGCUGUCGAGAUAUGUUCGGCAUAUUCUGCUGCACCCGGCUGUUAAGGGGGCAUCGAAGGGUGUGCAGGGCAGAUUGGCAAAGGAGAUGCAGACGUUCCUGCUGGCGCACGUCCAGCACGCUGCUGACAACAUCCAAUUCGCCGCUUCAAGCCAGGUUCAGCAGGACAACCAUUCUCAUGAAGAGCAGGAGAUCGGUCUUCCGUCUCCCAUCUCCGAGACCAACGAUCCUUCCUCCCCCCAAGAGCCACCAUCUAAACGCCGCCAUCUUUCCACUUCUGCCUCCACCAGCACACAAGAGCAGCUCAAAACCAAAAUCUUCACACCCAAAGACUCUAGAACCUUCUACUCCUGGGUCCGCACAACCUCAGCAGACCACACCUCCUGUCCCUUCUCUUUUACUUUCUACACCUGCCUGCUUUCUCACAACGCCGGUAAUCAUGGCAACGGUAGCAAGCCCUGGAAUUUGUUUAAUCGGGAUGCAAAGACGAGUUAUGUUGCGGAAGCAAUGGUGAAAGGGUUGGCGAGUUUAUGUAGGAUGUAUAAUGAUUAUGGGUCGGUUGCUAGGGAUGCAGGGGAGGGGAAUCUGAAUUCUGUUAAUUUUCCUGAGUUUUACGUCUCUGGUAGGGGUGGUUCUCAAGGACUGGGAGGGAAGGAGAAUGGUGGUGGAAGCUUCGGAAGUGGUGGAAGCGUUGGAGGGGGGGAUAUUGGGAAUGCAGGGAAUGCAGGGGAAGGCGAGGAAGAGAAGAAGGUGAAGGAAGAGCUGAUGUGGAUUGCUGAGUAUGAGAGACGAGGACUGGAAAGAGCAAUGGAAGAAAUGAAGGCAUUAGUUGGGGCAAGGGAGAUGGACAAGGUGAGGUUGUUUGUUGAUGUGACAGAUUUGUAUGGGCAUAUUUAUGUGGUGAGGGAUAUUGGUGUUGGUGUUGGUGUUGGGGUGCAGAGGGGUUGA